AUGCGUGAUGUUCUGCUACUCGCUAUGAUUGCUCAUUUCCAGAAAACUGACAAAGAAUUGGCAGUAGGCGGCGCAGUAGUGGCCGAAUCCCAGCAGAAUCUCUUCAAAGGAUCUCAGAAUUUUGUGAUGUCGCAGACAAGCGAUUGUGCCCAGACAUCGUCGUCAUCAGUCGGCGUCUCGCAA